UCGUUUCAUAUAGCCUUCGCCACUGCAUUUUUAGCCGAAUCAGUCUCUUCUCCAUUAUGACUAUAAAUACCCACCAACACACCACAAUCAUUUCUAUAUCAAACUUUUCCUUCACUUUCUCGAGAAACUAACCUCAUUGCUUAAGUACGGACCUCCUGUAGUUAGUAUUAGUGUCCUUCUGUAUUCAUCUAACGUAUUUCAAGAUUUUUGAAGCCCCUCUCCUUCUUGUAUAAGAACUCGGGCGAUCAUUUUUUCUCCUUCGGAAGUAGCGGACACUGGGAGUAUUUACAUCUCUCUUGAAAUGGAAUCUUUCUCUAUGGAUCAUUUUCUCAUAUAUAAAAAUGUUGCAUUGUUCUUUGGACUCUGGUUUAUUUGUAAUUCUAUUAUUGCUACUAUUGUUUUUGUUUGGAAAAGGUGUUAUUAUCUAUGCAGCAUUGAAUAAACAAAUUUUCUUUUUAUUCUUAUUAUUUUCUUUCUUUUGAGCAAAAAAGAGAAACGCCAAACUUCUGUUAAUCAUGGGAACUGAGUCAACUGACCUUGAUUAAGCUAGAAAGAAAGUAAAAGAAACAAACCUUUUGUUCUAUAUUUCAGUACUGCUUCAUAUGGCAUUUAGUGCUUUAUUUUUGUAAUCCACAUAGGCUUUUCCUUUUUUAUUCUUUUCCCAAGUGUAACCUCUGUAUCCCUUUACAUUGCAUUUAAGUAAGAAAGAAAUAUAUCUAUUUUGUUUUUCCUUGGCAUGGUACUCUUAUUCUCAUAUGGUUCAAAUUACUGCCUUUUUAUGACACUGAUUUAUUUAUUUAAAACACAGAAUGGGUGCAGGGAGGAAGACUGAGACUUAUUGGUUGAAAGAAAAAUCUGUACCUCAGGCUCAGUGGCCAUCGAACUUCAGCUCAACUGCUAGAAAUUUGAGAAAAAAUGAUCUUGGGGGAGUCAUAUUUGGUUGCAAGCAUAGCACUUUCAAAGAAUGCAUUUUGAAACAGUUGUUUGGAUUACCAGCUCCACAUUUCUCGUAUGUGCAGAACAUAAAGCCUGGUUUGCCCCUGUUCUUAUUCAACUAUAGCGAUAGGAAACUUCAUGGAAUUUUUGAGGCUGCAAGUGCUGGACAAAUGAAUAUAAAUCCACAUGGUUGGACUGCAGAUGAAUCUGAUUAUACCCUUUAUCCUGCACAAGUGAAGAUUCGAGUUCGGAUGGAGUGCCAGCCCUUGGUUGAAGAUCAGUUUGGACCAAUAAUUACUGAUAACUACUAUGAACCUAAACUGUUUUGGUUUGAACUUGACCGGGAUCAAACAGAAAAACUAAUUUCUUUGUUUUCAUCAUUUCUGACAACUGUGCGUGCUGCUAUCUCAGCGAAUACUGAGACUUCAAACACUGUUUACAAUGCAGCAUUCCCUGUGCCUAAUAGAAGGCGAGAAGAAAUAGUGAAGUCCCUAAAUGUUGCUAACCCUGAUCAGACUAACACAGAUGGAGAAAACCGUAAUACAUGGAGUUCACCCAAGUUAGGUAAUUCUAACUGUGAAAGUGGAAAUUGGGUUCAUGGAGGCUUAGAUGAUGAAGAACGAUGUUUGGAAGCUAUAGAUCAUAAAAAAUCAGCUCAAACGUUAAAAACUGGUGUUAUAAACCAAACAAAAAGUUGUGAUUAUUCUUACUCUUCUGCUGUACAAACCAUGGGAACUUCCCAUCCACGAAAAUUUUGGAGCGAAUUGUUCAAAGGUUCAAAUGCUGAGGAUGCUGGAGAGGAAAGUCAAGACAUUAAGUUACCAUCUUCAGGCUCAACAAACCUUUCUAUAUCUGAUGAUUCUAGUUUGGAUGAAAAGGGAAAAUGUUUAGAAGUUGUUGUUGAUGAUUCAGAAAACUACGAGGAAUACAUGAACCUGGGACUAAUUAAUGAACUAUUGAAUUCCCCUGUCAAGAAAGAAGGAUAUACUUAUUUUACAAGUUGCACUCAAAAUGACACUAUACCAACUUCUCUAACAACAAAUAAAGAAACAAUGGACAUCAUGGAAAUGAAUGCUUCUGAUUUCAACUCUAUUUUUCCGAUGUUACUACGUGAAAUCAAAGAGCUGAAAUCAUCUCUUGGAGAAGAAGAUCGCAAAAUCAAUCUUUUGGAGCAUGAUAUGGUUAAAUCAAGAUUAGUAAUUCAACUCUUAAAAGAUAGAUGCAAUGCAUUGGAAAAUCAGCUAUUUAAACAAAGUGGGAAUGAUGAACAAGAGGAGUCCGAGUCCAUCAAUGAUCUUCAUCCAAACCUUGAUGAGUUAGUACUUUUAGUGGGAGGAUUUGAUGGUUCUUCAUGGUUACCAGCUUUAGAUUUUUAUCAUCCUUCUUUAGAUCAUAUGGAACACCGUAGCUCCAUGCGUUUUGCACGUUCAUAUGCCUGUGCUGCAAAUCUAAAUGGAGAAAUCUAUAUUUUGGGCGGUGUAUGCAACAAUGUGUGGUAUGAUGAAGUCGAAUCAUACAACCCGGUGUCGAAUCAGUGGACUAGAUGUCCUUCAUUGAAUCAAAAGAAUGGAAACUUUGCGGGAGUUUCUUUUGAUGAUAAAAUCUAUGCAAUUGGUGGUGGAAACGGCAAUGAAUAUUUCUCAACGGUGGAAAUAUUUGAUGUGAACAAUGGAAAGUGGAUCCCAGCUCAACCCAUGCUACAUAAGAGACUUUCCUCAGCUGCUGCCGAAAUCAAUGGUGCAAUCUAUGCCGUGGGAGGCUAUGAUGGAAAGAACUAUUUAAAAUCAGUAGAAAGAUUUGAUCCUCGUGAACGUUCAUGGAGAAGACUUGAGAGCAUGUCAACGAAGAGAGGUGGUCAUACAGUUGCAGUUCUUAAUGAAAAACUAUUUGUUUUGGGCGGUUACAAUGGUCAGAACGUAAUGUCUUCUGUUGAGAUUUUUGACCCUCGUCGUGGCUCUUGGAUGAUGGGGGACUCCAUGAAUGACUCUCGGGGCUAUUCUGCAACUGCUGUGAUUGAAGAUACAAUUUAUGCCAUUGGCGGCAUAAAGGGUGACAAUGAGAUUUUAGAGACCGUGGAAUGCUACAAAGAAGGUCAUGGAUGGCAAAAGACUAAUCUCAAAGCCAUUGGGAAAAGGUGCUUCUUCUCUGCCAUUGUUUUGUAAGGUUGGAGACUGAAAGCUGGUGUUGUCUAACAAACUAACAUGUCCGGUAGCAGCUGAUUAUAAUCUUAAAUAGUAUUAUAACAAGUACAAAUACUAAAGCUGAAAACAAAUACUAUCCACUCGUACUUCCACACUUUAAAAAAUAUGGUGUUUAUAUAAUUAUUACUUAAAAAUAGCUAUGUCCAAACAUGAGUUACUUUGCAAAAAAGAAAGGGAAAUUUGGAAUUCUCAACGGGCUUCCGUAUGUUAUCGUUAUAAGCAAAUCGCUUACUGUUAAUUCAUUUUAAUCUGGAGGGAAAUUCAGCGUUGACAUAAGUAGAACAAUUUUGGCAAAUGAUGUUUUACCUUCUCUUUUUAAUUUGGCGUUGCAGAAGAUAACAUAUAUUUCUACACAGUAAAAGAUAACGAGUGUUUUCUAUGGUGCACCCCUAAAAGUCCUCGUCGUGUUUUUUUAAUUGUGGUUAUUUUAUUAAUUUACAAUACAUAAAUUAUAUUUAAAAUAAUUUAUUUUAUGUGCAUAAAAAAAAAACUCAUAUGCAAUAGCAUAACUUUUUUCUUUCAACAUGCAAUGAUUAUGAAUAUUGAUCAUGUGCACUAUCGUGCCUUUUGAGAGGUAGCUAUCGUCCAGAAGAAAUACACUUACACAUCAAUCAUCCAUAUUAAGCAACAAUGAACAUAAUUAUAUCUAACUCAAAUCUAUUUUCAACAGUAUACGACUUGAUUAAUUAUUCCUUGACAUUAUGUCAUUUAAAUUUUUGACGGACUACAAUUACAAAAGUCACCAACUUAAUAUUGAAUCUAGUAACGCCAUAGCUAAAAAAAAAAACUCAAGUUUUGCAAAAGCCUCAAAGAUCCCCAACUACAAGCAAUUAA